GAGGGCUCGGGAGCGGGGAGGCUCCGGCUGAGGGAGGAGCUGCAGCAGCGGGGGAGCCGGGAAUGCUGCCGGAGGGCAGCUCCGGUGGCUGUAGCGGUGAGCACUGCCCGGGCACACUGGCCCCGGCUACUUCACAGGCUUAAGCUGCAGGUCUGGAUUGGACAUCAGGAGGAAUUCCUUCACGGAAGGGGUGAUUAAAUAUUGGAAGGGGCUGCCCAGGGCGGUGGUGGUGGAGUCCCCAUCCCUGGAGGUGUUUAAGGAAAGACUGGACGUAGCACUCAGUGCUCUGGGCUGGGUGACAAAGAGGGGAUCGGUCACAGGAUGGACUUGAUGGUCUCAGAGGGCUUUUCCAGCCUCAGUGAUUCUGGGAUUCUUGCCCUGGCGAGGGGUGAUUGGCUCCGGGCUCCUGCCGCUGGUGCCAUUCCUGCCGCUGGCAAGUGAAGCUUGUCUGUGGUAUUGCUUUUGGGAGGUUCUUGCUCCUUUCAUUGUAAGCAUGCUUCCAGCAACGCUGUAAGAUUGCACCUUUCUACGUUUUUAAAUGUGAAGUAAUCCCAAUCUUUUGUCAUGGGCGCUAUUCUUAAGUCCUCCUGCAUAUUAUGAAGUUCUCUCCUCUUGACUCUACUACAAUUCUGCCUUGAGCUGGGAUGCUAAGCCUUGUUUAUUUUUAAAUGUGUUGUUUUGGUUUGGGCUUUUUUUUUGCCCCACCCCCCCCCUUUUUUUUUUUUUUUUUUGCAAAUACUUCCAUUUUCUUCAUUUUCAGAAGUGAUCAGCCAGCUCUCCUUGCUUUAGCUGUAGUUUAUGAAGGAGAUUGUUUCCUCUUGUGGGUCUUUACUGAGGUGCCUGUAACUUGCACAUUGCAACUUGCAAGCAUGAGAGGCCAAAAUUUAAUACUAAAUCAGCAAACCUUAUGUAGUAUAAAACUGGCUAGAGGUGUCUGAUUUUAAGGCUUUUCCCCAAAAUCUGGGUGUGCCGGCAAAGUAAGCAAAGCUGGCAGGCUGUGAGGGUGGUAAGGCACAGAGAAGCCGUGGCUGUCCUUCCAUGGAGGUGACCAAGGCCAGGUUGGACGGGGCUUGGAGCAACCUGGGAUAGUGGAAGCUGCCCCUGCCCAUGGCGGGGGUUUGGCAUGAGAUGGCUUUAAGAUCUCUUCCAAUCCAAACUGUUCUGGAAUUCUAUGCUGUCUGUCUCCUCAUCUCUCUGACCACUGAAAAUUCAUUCUGUGUCGGUGUGAUUAGAAUGUAAGAGGAGAGCUGCUACUGUCUAGUGGCUGCUGUUGCCACCUGGAGAACUCUUGGAAUGCUGUCAACAGCUCAGGGGGUCUGCUCAUCUGCUCUCCUCAGCACCCUGCCCUCAGCAGAACCACGAAGUUGUUCUGCAUACUGAUGGGGCUUUGUUAAGCACAAAGAGGGCCAAAGACAGACAAAACACUAUCAGAAUAGGGAAAGAAUUUUUUCUGUGUAUCUUUUAUAUGCUUGUGUUUUAAAACACAGCUCCCAAGGACAGGUUUUAAAUUGAGAAUUGUGUUUUAAAGUGCUGUAGGAGCAGGAUGGAAGAUUCUUCAGGAAGGAGAGCAAAGCUGAGCCUGUGUUUGUGGAAGUCUCCCUUGCUGUGACCUGCUCCCCUUUUGCUGAUUGCUUAUAAUGCCAUGUUAAUCUUUGAGGGAAGGUGUUGGAAGGAUCCAUCUUCAUGUUGGAAAGAUCCACACAUCUUGGAAAGUGUGUAGAUUUUGGAAACACAAGUUUGUGUUAAUAGCUCUGGAUGAGUCUAACCAUUUUUGUGUUAGCUGCAGUUUCAUGAAGGAGACAUUGAAACAAAUUCUGGCUUCCUGGCUGUGGUCACUUUAUUCCCCAUUUUUGGCUUUAACGUAAAGCCUUCUUGCUUUCACCAAGAUGUGAAAUUUCUAUGGGUGUGCACGUGUUUGUGACUUAAAACGUAUAAUUUUAAACUAAAACAGUGUACUGCUGCUGUAAAGCUGUUCAACUUAUUUUCAUAAUUUAAGGCAUAAUUUAAGAGGAAUUUUUAAGGCGUUUGUGUUUUGUUAAAAUUCCCACAACCAUUUGUACAACCAGUGUGUUCUGAGUGUGGUGGGAAACUGCACAGUCUCUUUAACCUAGUCUCUAAUAAGGCCUGGAAAAGAUGUAAUUUGUGGAUGAAUUCUUACUGCUACUUGCUUGUGUUUUCUCUCUGACGUGACAAACUUCCCCAUCAGACGUGGAUCUCGGGCUGACCCCUUUGAAGCCCAAAUGUUCCUGUUACUCCACAGUCUGGUGCUCUCAGGACAUCUACCAGUCCCUCUGUAUUGAGUUCACACAAGUGCAGAGUUGCUCAAGUGCAGAUUCUCAUUGCUCCUCUCUGAAUUUAUUAGAUCACAUGAGUCUGGCACUGCAGUUUGGGGGUGCUAGGUGAUAGCAUUGGAUACAUUUUUCUGGUAGAAAAAUCUGUUUUCCUCUAUUUGGCUUGUAAGUUCAUGAAGGUGCCAUUGUUUUCCUCACCUCAACUGCAUGCUCCUGGUAUGUUUUUUAACUUCUUUGCUUUGUGGGCUUCUGCUUGUUCUGCAGUUGGAUGGAGAAGCAGCCUGGUUUGUGCACUGCUUUCCUGUGCUUCCCUAGUACUGAAGCCACCAGGAUUCAGUGAUGGAGGCUUUGCUGGAAGGAAUGCAGAGAAAUGGGCAGGGGAGCGGCGGGUUCUUGACCUCCUGCGAGGCUGAGCUGCAGGAGCUGAUGAAGCAGAUUGACAUCAUGGUGGCUCACAAGAAAUCCGAGUGGGAAGGGCAGACACAGGCUUUGGAAGCUUGUCUGAGUGCUCGGGAGCAGGAACUUUCCUCUGCCAAGGCAGCUCUGCAGGAAAAACAAAAGGAGGUCGGCAUGUUGCGUCGCCGGGUCGAAGAUGUGGAAAAAUCCAAGCAGGACAUGGUUAGAGAGUAUGAGCAACAGCUGAAGAAAUUCCAGGAGGAGACUUGGCUUUGCCCAUCAGUAAAAUGGCAGUGUGAUGGCUUCUCAAAUUCGUGUGGCUGUUUGGACACCAUUUGUUUAAUAGUUGAGUCGGGGGGAGCUCAUCAGUUAUCCCGGCUGAGGAGGAGCUAUGAGAAGCUGCAGAAGAAAAAAACAAGAAGCAGAGGAGAAGCUAACAAGGGACAAGAGGAGGACAAGUUUGAAUUGAGCCGACUGACCAGGAAGCUGGAGGAGUUCCGUCAAAAAUCACUUGACUGGGAGAAGCAGCGCCUGCGGUACCAGCAGCAGGUGGCAUCGCUGGAGGCGCAGCGCAAGGCUCUGGCAGAGCACUCCGAGCUUGUGCAGACCCAGCUGGCCAAUCGGAAGCAGAUCCUGGACUCGGUGGAGCUGGCGAGCCGCUCGGAAAUCCAGCACUUAACCAGCAGGCUGGAGAGGGCCAAUGACACCAUCUGUGCCAAUGAGCUGGAGGUGGAGAGGCUGAGCAUGAGGGUGGAUGACCUCAGUGAGGACAACCGCAUGAUUCUGGAAGAUCAGCAGAGAGUUCAAGAAGAAUUAAGGCAGUCCAAGAAAAUGUUAGAGGUGUUGCAGGAUGAGAAGAUGGAACUGAAAGCCACCUUGCAGUCUCAAGAAGAUUUCAUUGGCAGCUCCAAGCUGCACCUGGAGCAGUUACAGAAAGAGCUGGCCAGGAUGACUGAAACUCUUCACACAAAAGAAUUCCUCAUCAGGGCCUUGGAGGAGCGCUUGCAAGGGAAGCUGUUGUCCUCUCCAGGGCUGGAGCUGGAGCAGGUGCUGCUGCAGCUGGAUGUUGCCCAGAAGAAGGAACAGCACUUGCAGUCAGAGGUGACUCGUCUUGAGAACAGCCUGGUAUCUUCAAAUGCCAGGUGUGUGCAGCUGAGCGAAGAGCUGGGUGAGAAUAUCAAAGAGCUGCAGUCCCUGGAAGAAGACCAGACUGAGUCAAGGGCAGAGAUUAAAAAGCUGAAAGAGCAGCUCUCUCGGGCUGAACAAAUGCACAGCAGUGAGCUAGAAGGGAUGAAAAGGGAGAUCUCCAGGCUGACACAGGAGCUGCACCAGCGGGACAUCACCAUUGCGUCGGCGAGCGGCUCCACCUCAGACCUGGAGCAGCGGCUCAGAGCAGAGAUUGAAAGAGCAGAGAGGAAAGCAGUGGAGCACAGGGUAAUUCUGGUCCAGCUGGAAACCUUGAGGCUGGAAAACCGUCAUCUCUCCGAGACUCUGGAAAAGACAGAGUGUGGUCAGCUGAAGGGGGACGAUGGCACCCUGAGAGCACUGAGGGAGGACUACACCACUGAGCUCCAGAAAUUAGUAUGUGAGAACCAGCAGCUGCGGAAGGACCUCGCAGAGACCAGGGCGAAACUGGGGGUCACUGCACAGGUGUGCCCGGGUGAACCCCAGGGCACCGCUCAGCAGGGGCAGGGCAAAGAGCCCAGGGAUGUACAGCACAGGACAGCUCGGGAAGCACAGCACGAGCAGGAUGAACACGCAGGGAGGACACAUCUCCAGCCUGACAGGACUGCUCAGCAUCAUCACAGGGAGUCCCAGAGGUGUGGGGCUGCUGAAACAGGAACUGUGACCCCCGAGAUGGGUGAGCCGCCCUCCCAGAGCAGCAGCAAGAGCUGCAAGGAGUCACGUGCCUGGCUGGGAGCGGAGUCUGUGCUCCAUGCAGUGGAUGAAAACAAAGGUUUUGCAGAUGAAGCAUCUAAGCAGCCUGCCUCAAAUCAUCACAGAGAAUCUGUGUUUUUGUGCCCCUUGCCUACAGCUUCUGUCGGAUCCAUAGCUGCACGAUACCUGGAAGAUGAAGAAGCGAGAUCCCAGCACAUCCUGGAAUGCCUAAAUGCUCACAUUGAGGAACUGAAAAAAGAGAGUGCAAAGAUAGUGAGACGAUUUGAACACCAGGAAUAAUGUUUCUUGUGGAAUGGGAAUGCUGGUUACUUUACGUGGUUCCAGACUGUGACUGGGAAGGUGCCUAUAUCCAGUUGGUAUUGGAGCUUGGGUGAGAGGCCAUGUGUCCCAGCUGGAGCUGAAUCAGCAGGAUGGGAGUUGAGGAGAAGGAGCUCGUCUCUACGUGCUUGCUCUGCUGAGGGGUGUUACACCACAAACAUUUUAGGCAGCUUGCUGUAGGUCAGAGACCUGCAUCAGAGCUAUGUGCUCACUCACAAAGGUUAUGGUGUUUUUUAAAAGCAAACCAUUUGCUGGUUUUUAUGUAAAGUAUUUUAAGUAUAUUUUAUACGUGUAAAAGCAUUGAAAUAAAUCAGAAUGGCAAACA